AUGUCUGCUAGUCCUUCUCCCUCUGCUGGUGGUGACACCAAGCAAGCUGACCAGAUCCAUUUUCGCUUCUGUCGCGACUCCAACUUGCUUUACCCGAAGGAGGAUCGCGCCACCAACCAACUGAUGUUUACUUGCCGUACCUGCCACGUGGGCGAACCUGCUAGCUCUUACUGUGUUUACCAGAACAAGCUUAACAGCCAAGUUGGCGACACCGCCGGUGUGACCCAGGAUGUGGGCUCCGACCCCACGGUUUGUCUCCCGCGCAUCACAGGCAUCCCCUCUGGAAUCCCUUCUCUUAUCCCCGGCUUUUGCUAUCUUUGCGAUGCGGAGAUUACCUGCUUCAAAUGUGGCGAAGCCCCCUGCACCGUCUGCCCCGAAGAAGAGGAAGAUGACAACCUUGAGGAUAGCAAUCUGGAAUGGAGUAGUUCUCCUGCCACGAACAAGCUGUGUCCCAGUUGUGGCGAGAACGAAGCAGUCUUUUUCCAGUCGCAACAGCGAUCUGCUGAGACUGGAAUGAAACUCUACUACGUGUGCUGUGCUUGCGGUAACGUUUUCAUGUGA